AUGAACCCGAAGGCCAUCACGGCUCCGCAAAUGUUUGGUCGCAUUGACGUCUCAGGUGAUUGGCACGAUGGUGUGUUCUCCUCCCUCUGGCGUACUGCCGUGCGUAACGCGAAAAAGCGGAAUAUUUGGAUUAUCUGCGAUGGCCCUGUUGAUGCCAUUUGGAUUGAGAACUUGAACACUGUGCUGGAUGACAACAAGCUGUUGACCUUGGCGAAUGGGGAUCGUAUUCAAAUGACAGACACCAUGAAAUGCUGCUUUGAAGUGGAGAACUUGGCAAACGCCUCCCCUGCCACCGUGUCUCGUGCUGGCAUCAUUUACAUCUCGGACGUCAUCCUUGGGUGGAAGCCCAUGCUGGAGUCUAAAUUGCGAGCCACGACAAGCGCGGAUGGAGUAAUUUUGCCCUCCGAUGUUGUAAUGACCUGCAACCCACUUCUUGCAGAAAAGUUGCUGGCACUCUUUAUGCCGGCUGAGGGCGCGCCGCUAGAAAGCACGAUGACGGUGAAGGCGGCGGAAUUCUAUCAGAAGGAGUGUGCCGUCGUGAUGAAGACAUCCGUGGCGCACCUUGUGAUGAACGCCUUUCAUCUUGCCGUGGCGCUCGGCGAAGAAGUGGGCGACGGCGUAGCGGUGAGUAAUGAACUUGCGCUGCAAAUCUUCUGGUUCAGCAUCUCGUGGGCCUUCGGUGGCAUGUUGGAGUCGAAGGAUCGCGUGAAAUUUGACGACUUUGUGCGACAACAAUACGACGGCCUACCGCCCGCCUCGGAGGGCCUCGUGUUUGACUUCUCGCUGAAUUGCAAGACCGGACGCUGGGAGCACUGGUCGAUGUUCCUCGAGAAGUGGAAGUACCCGGGAGACGAUCGGUUGGACUUCUCAACGCUUUUCAUCCCCACCACAGACUCCGCACGGCUGCACUUUUUGGCCAACUGCAACUUCAUACAGAAGCGACCAACACUUUUGAUGGGGGUAAGUGGCACGGCCAAGACCGUCACGAUGGAGAAGCUGUUGUUGAAGAUAAAGUCAGGAUCGGAGACGUCAAACUUCCGCAAACUGAACUUCUCCUCUAUGACGACACCGCAAAACUUUUAUAAUGCGCUGGACGAUAUGACGGAGAAAAGAAUGGGUUCGACCUUUGGGCCAAAGAACUGCGAGAUGCUAACCGUUUUCAUUGACGACAUCAACAUGCCGGAGAUCAAUGAAUGGGGCGAUCAGAUUACAAAUGAGAUUGUGCGGCAGGUAGUGGAGUCCAGUAUGGUAUACGACUUGGGCCUCGCAGGGCGGCGCAAGGAACUACGAGGACUUGUUUACAUGGCCGCCAUGUCACAUCCUUCCGGGGGUAAAAACGACAUUCCGAAUCGUCUCAAGCGACACUUCUCCGUCUUUAACGUGCCGUUGCCAGAAGAGAGUUCCGUGCAGCAGAUUUUUGGUGUCAUCUUCGAAAGCCGCUUCUGCAAUGACAAUUACGCUCGUGGGGUGCAGGAUAUUGCUAAGAUGUUGACGCAGAUGUCUAUUUCAUUCUGGCGGGCCAUUGGAA